CGUAACGUCAGGUUUGUUGUCAAGCCAGACAGCCAGACAACUCAUCCGCUACAGCUGUUGAACAAGGCAUUGGUCAACAUGGGUCGCAUCUUCCUCGACCACAUCGGAGGUUCUCGACUGUUCUCGUGCGCCAGCUGCGACACCAUUCUGACGAAUCGCAGCGAGCUCAUCAGUACGAGAUUCACUGGCGCCACGGGAAGGGCAUUCCUCUUCAACAAAGUGGUCAAUCUCAACUACAGUGAGGUGCAGGACCGGGUGAUGCUCACCGGCCGCCACAUGGUGCGUGACGUGUCCUGCAAGAACUGCGACACCAAACUGGGCUGGGUGUACGAGUUUGCCACCGAGGAGGGCCAACGGUACAAGGAGGGACGCGUCAUUCUCGAGCGGGCUCUCGUCACCGAGAGCGAUGGCAUCGAGGAGCACAUGGCCAACUGACCCGCUUCGGCACCACUUGUCAUGCACACAACAUUGCCCCUACCCUCGGUUGCAGUGAACACUGUUUCUGAAUUGGAAGGGCCAUGAGGUUUUAUAUGCAGAAAGGAAAAUUGUACAUACUGUGGUCUAAAAAUCUGCAGACAUCAUUUCAUUCGUGCAUUGGACGAUUCCGGCAACUUGCAGCAGAGACCGGUGAAAAAAGAGGAAAGUGUGCAAUGCCAUAUUUUGUUAUGGGCUACUUCGAUGAUAAAAAGGGGAUCACUUACCGUGCGUAUUGCUCUGUACAUAAAUUGCCUCCAUGCAGAUAUUUUGUUGAGGCUGUAACUUUGUGAACACUUCAUCUUGGAAUAGAGCAGCAACACAAACUUUGUGCAUAUUCGCAUCUUUUUAUAGCUAAAUUCCUUUACUGAAGAGAAGUGCUAGCUUAGAAAUUUCUGGGUAGAAUAAAAAUGUCUAGGAGCUUUCUGAAGAAGCAAACAAAACCCAGCUACACAAUUUAGCAUUUCCCAACCCUAUUGGUGAUGCGAGUAGAGGAUAAAGUAGCACAAACAAGUAGAAGUGCAGAGAAAGUGCUAGUCACAUGUGAAUGUACUUGCCUUGGUUCACAGCCGGAUUAGGACCGUCAUGUUCACAGGUGCUAAUCUGUGCAAUGUCAAAGCCUAUGUUGUAACUGUUCGAAGCCCCUAUUCUUUGGCUCAACUGGAAAAAGCCACUGGUACACCAACUGAAGCAGUGGACAUUCUCACUUUCUCAAACACCAUUGCAUAGUUCUCAUUGUCACCAUCUACAUCAGUCCAGGUCAGUCAUAGUUACCGUGAAAUUAUCAGAAUGUACGCUUGAUUUUUGUGGUUUGGUCAAGUUUGUAGCUCCCUGAAAGUUGCCUUGAACAUUGUUGCAAAUUGAAUUUUGCUUUGUUCUUGAGCAAAAGCUGUCUGUGUAUAUAAUAAAUAGUAAACAACUCGAUGA